CAGAUUUCAUCGACCCUUCACGAAUUUUACCCAAGUUCCAAAUCCUGAGGCAGACUUUAACACGCACGCCCUCCACCCCAAGGCAUCUAUGUCUGCCUAGAGAGAGAUUACGACCAUUCCUUCCCGCUUCCCCGCCUACAUCAAUAAUCAAAAUUUUCACGUGCAUCUACCUAUAUACGUACACCACCUACUUAAUCUGGAUAAUAAAGUUUAUAGUCCGAGUGGUGUGGUGUGGUGGGCUAUGCACAUGUAUUUUACAAAGGGCGGCCGCACUUGCACUUGCACUUGCAACGCAUCGUCCAUACCUAUUCCUUGCUUACUUUGACCUCUGUCUUCUUUUCCUACACUUCUAUUGUGAAAGUCUUCACUAUGGAAUCACAAGGAUGGUAUUCAAAUCAUCAACUUUCCUCGUUCUAUAUCUAGGUGCUCAAUGUCACGUACCAUGUUGGUCCGACCACGCACCACCCACGCACCACCCAACCCACAGAACAACAAGCACGCGCAUCAAAACACACAAACGACCCACGAAGGAAAGAAUCACACAUCUCCGCACCUUUGAACAGCAUCUCGGCUUCAUUCUAGCCUUGCACUCGCCUCCGCCAUUUCGUCUUCACUGCGGCACUGUAAACUUCCUAGGACAAUGA